AUGAAGUUCCAAAUCGAAGACGUAACAGUAUACUUCCCCUACGACCACAUAUACCCAGAACAAUACGCAUACAUGGUCGAGCUCAAGCGUGCCCUAGACGCCAAAGGCCAUUGCCUUCUCGAAAUGCCCACAGGAACUGGUAAAACCAUAGCUCUACUUUCUUUAAUCACCAGCUACACACUCUCAAAACCAUCCAAUCCAAUCAAGCUUCUCUACUGCACCCGUACCGUCCACGAGAUGGAAAAAACCCUAGCAGAGCUCAAACUGCUUCAUAAGUAUCAGAUUCAACACCUCGGUCCGGCGGCGAGGAUUCUGGCGUUGGGUUUAUCGUCGAGGAAGAAUUUGUGUAUUAAUCCGAGUGUUGUUUCAGCGGAAAAUCGAGAUUCGGUGGAUGCGGCUUGUAGGAAGCUAACUGCUAGUUGGGUUCGGGCUCUGGCUAUUGAAAACCCUAAUAUUCCGAGUUGCGAGUUCUUUGAGAACUACGAGAAGGCCGCGUCGGAUGCGGUGCUGCCUCCUGGGGUCUAUACCUUACAGGAUUUGAGGGUGUUUGGGAAGGAGAAAGGGUGGUGCCCGUACUUUUUGGCACGUCAUAUGGUGCAAUUUGCGAAUGUGGUGGUUUAUAGCUACCAGUACCUGCUAGAUCCUAAGGUUGCUGGGAUCAUAUCAAAAGAGAUGCAGAGAGAGUCUGUUGUAGUGUUUGAUGAGGCCCACAAUAUCGAUAAUGUGUGUAUUGAGGCACUUAGUGUUAGCGUGCGGAAGCAGACACUUGAAGGGGCAACGAGAAAUCUCAGUAAGAUGUCUCAGGAGAUUGAAAGGUUUAAGGCCACUGAUGCUGGUAGAUUGCGUGCAGAAUACAACCGACUCGUUGAUGGUUUGGCACAAAGAGGGAAUCUGCCUCUUGCGGAUACCUGGCUUGCAAAUCCUGCUUUGCCUGACGAUAUCCUAAAGGAAGCAGUUCCUGGAAACAUACGGCGUGCAGAGCACUUCUUGUCUGUUUUACGCAGAUUGGUUCAGUAUCUUAAAGGUCGUCUGCAAACUGAGAAUGUUGAAAAAGAGGGGCCUGUUACCUUUGUUGCCUCUAUAAAUGCGCAGGUCGGAAUUGACCAGAAAAUGUUGAAGUUCUGUUAUGAUCGACUGCAUUCACUUAUGUUAACACUGGAGAUAACUGACACAGAUGAGUUUUUACACAUCCAAACAAUUUGUGACUUUGCGACGCUCGUGGGGACUUACACUCGAGGUUUUUCAAUUAUAAUUGAACCUUUUGAUGAGAGAAUGCCGCAUAUUCCUGAUCCCGUGUUGCAGCUUAGCUGCCAUGAUGCUUCUCUCGCCAUAAAGCCUGUAUUUGAACGAUUCCAAUCAGUGGUGAUUACAUCUGGUACUCUCAGCCCAAUUGAUCUCUACCCUCGUCUUCUUAAUUUCAAUCCAGUAGUUAGUCGAAGCUUUACAAUGUCCUUGACGAGGGACUGCAUAUGUCCAAUGGUUCUCACUCGAGGAAGUGAUCAGCUUCCUGUUAGCACAAAAUUUGAUCUGAGAAGUGAUCCUGGUGUUGAAAGAAAUUAUGGACGGCUCUUGCUAGAGAUGGUGUCUGUUGUUCCAGAUGGAAUUGUGUGUUUCUUUGUCAGUUACUCAUACAUGGAUGGAAUAGUCAAUAGUUGGCAUGAAUCGGGAAUUCUAAAGGAUAUAAUGCAACACAAAUUAGUCUUUAUUGAAACUCAAGAUGUUGUUGAAACUACAUUGGCUCUGGACAACUAUCGCAAGGCUUGUGAUUGUGGGAGAGGUGCUGUAUUUUUCUCUGUUGCCAGGGGAAAAGUAGCGGAAGGCAUAGACUUUGAUAGACAUUAUGGCAGACUUGUUAUAAUGUUUGGUGUACCUUUCCAGUACACAUUAAGCAGAAUAUUGCUAGCAAGGUUAGAGUAUUUGCGGGAGACUUUCCAGAUCAAGGAGGGUGAUUUUCUGACUUUUGAUGCUUUGAGGCAAGCUGCUCAAUGCGUGGGACGAGUGAUCCGGUCAAAAGCAGAUUAUGGGAUGAUGAUUUUUGCUGACAAAAGGUACAGCCGUCAUGACAAACGCUCUAAGUUGCCUGGAUGGAUACUGUCACACUUACGUGAUGCACACCUGAAUUUGAGUACUGAUAUGGCUGUGCAUAUAGCAAGAGAGUUCUUGCGGAAGAUGGCUCAGCCAUAUGAUAAAACUGGUGGUAGUGGUAAGAAAACACUUUUGUCACAAGAAGACUUGGAGAAGAUGGGCAAUGGCAAUUUCAGUGACAUGUUGUUCUGA